AUGAAUCUAUUAAUAUUUUAUUAUUUAUUUGAUAAUUCAAAUAGCUUACCUGAUAUUGAAUAUCUCUCGUUGCUCUUAAUUAAUUAUAAGAAUUAGAAUUUGCAGGUAGUUUUUUAAGUAGAACUCCAAGAUAUUGAUAAAUAGUCUUACACAAUAUUAAAUCUCGACGAAAAAGCAAAAAAGAUUAAAUAUAGUUUUAGAAAGUAACACAAGAGGAAAGAAAAAGAUUAGAAAGAUUAGAACUUAUUGACAGACAGGCUGUAUUACCAAAAUGUAGAUUUAAUAAUAACCAAAUAUUAAAGUGCCAGUAAAAUCAAGUUCAGAUGA